AGCAGGUACAGGUGCGCUCUCAGGUACACUCCCACAGAAACCCGACGCUUCCGGCUUCCUAUAGUUUCGUCGGAUCCACUCGACUUCUCCUGAUCUUAGUGGACUCCUGGCACAACAUCUCAUCGCUACUUUAACGCUGGUUCCGAGAGUCGAACCUUCUGAGCGGACCCACGGACGGACGACAGGGCGAGGAGAGCCGGCUCAGGUGCUUCCGCGUGACCGCUGAUGGACUACAUGGACAGCGGGCUGAAAUACACACCCAAGUCUGACAAAGACUGGGACUCGUCGGUGCAGUUCCUGCCUGCCUCUGACAACAAGAAGCUUGAGAAGAAGAAGGGUCCGGGGAAGAUCGGAGCAGUGAUCGGGCUUCUGAUCUUCGCUGCUGUCGUGGCACUGAUGACCGGACUGCUGGUCUGGCACUUUCACUAUCGCAAAGAUGUGCGCAUCAAGCAGAUGUACAGUGGCUCCAUGCGGAUCACCAACCAGGGUUUUGUGGAGGCCUACGAGGACGCCAACAGCACGGAGUUCAAGGCGCUGGCCAAGCAGGUGAUCAUGCAGCUCAAGGUGCUGUACAGCAAGAGCCCGCAGCUCGCCAAGUACUACGUGGGCUCCUCUGUCCAGGCAUUCAGUGAAGGCAGCGUCAUUGCCUACUACCUGUCGGAGUUCAGCGUGCCGUCCGGCCAGGAGUCUGCCGUGGCCAAAGCCAUGGCCGACAUCGACAAGCUGGUGGACAAGUUCCAGCGUAGCAGCUUCAGAACGGGAAACUCUCUGGUGAUGGAGGACGUCACGUCCUCGGCAGUGGACGAGCGUCUGGUGUCGUCCUCAUUCAGCAGGUUCUUCCGGUACUCUGAACACACCAGAAUCAACCACUUGGGUCAGAUCCAGUCGCCAGGCUUUCCCAACCGGCCCUAUCCACCCAAUACCUUCAUCCAGUGGCAGAUCCGUGCUGACCCAAACUCGGUCAUAAAACUAGACUUCGACACCAUGAACCUGGAGGAGGACUGCAGGAACGACUUUGUCAAAAUCUACGACUCCCUGGUGGCCAUUGAGAGACGUGUGGUGCAGGAGCUGUGCGGCUACUACUCCCCCAGUGAACCUUUGACCUUUCUGUCAUCUGGCAACGUCAUGCUGGUCACCAUGGCAACCAACGAUAGACUCAACUAUCCUGGAUUCCGGGCUCAGAUCUCACAGGUGCCCAGAGGAAGCCCAGUGUUGUCCUGUGGAGGACAGCUUUCCGGGGACAAGGGAACCUUCUCCUCACCAAACUUCCCCAACUACUAUCCUCCACUCACCAGGUGCCAGUGGUUCAUCAAGGUUCCUGCUGGAAAGGCAGUGAAGGUGACGUUCAAGAAGUUCCUGAUGACCGAGCCCAGCGAGGACGGCAGCUGCCGCAAAGACUUCGUGGAGAUCAAUGGCAAAAGGAUCUGUGGGGAUAAACCGGACCGGACCGUGACUGAGACCAGCGGCUCCAACUCCAUGAACGUGUUAUUCGUGUCCGACGCCUCUUAUGUGGAUCGUGGGUUUGACGCUGAGUUUGAAGCCAUCGACAGCAAGAACCCGUGUCCGCAGCAGUUCCAGUGCAUGAACCAGCGCUGCAUCAAAGCCGACCUCCGAUGCGACGGCUGGAACGAUUGUGGCGACAUGUCCGACGAGCUCAAGUGCAAGUGCAAGAGUGCCGACAUUACCUGCAAGAACGGAUUCUGCAAACCCAUGUUCUGGAAAUGUGACGGCGUGGACGAUUGCGGCGACGGCACAGAUGAGCAGGACUGCGGUUGCAAGUCUGGGCAGAUGAAGUGCCUGAACGACAAGUGCGUCUCUGACAAGAAGCUCUGCGAUGGGCGCGACGACUGUGGCGAUGGAUCUGACGAGCUGGACUGUGGAACAAACAGGGGCGUGUCCUGCACAGAUCUGACCUACAAGUGUAACAAUGACCAGUGCCUCAGUAAAACAAACCCGGAGUGCGAUGGGGUGGUGGACUGUGAGGACGGUUCGGACGAGCAAAACUGCGACUGCGGACGCAGCAAAUUCAGGACGUCACGAAUCGUUGGCGGGCAGGACGCGGAAGAGGGGGAGUUUCCGUGGCAGGUCAGCCUCCACGUCAAGGGCUAUGGUCACGUGUGCGGCGCCACCAUCAUCAGUCCAAAAUGGCUGGUCACUGCAGCCCACUGUGUGCAGGACGACGGCAAAACCAGGUUCUCUCAGCCGCAGACGUGGGAGGCUCAUCUGGGCCUCCACUCUCAGGGAGUCGCAGGCCACUCUGUGAAGAGGAACCUCAAGGCCGUCAUCUCUCACCCCAACUACAACGACUACACCUUUGACAAUGACAUCGCCCUGAUGGAGCUAGAGAGUCCUAUCACCUACAGCGACUACAUCCAGCCCAUCUGCCUGCCGGCGCCGCAGCACAUCUUUCCGGACGCCCACAUAGUGUGGAUCACCGGCUGGGGGGCCACCAGGGAAGGAGGAUUCGCUGCCAAGGUUCUCCAGAAGGCUCAGGUCCGAAUCAUCAACCGCUCGGUGUGCAACAAACUGAUGGGUGGUCAGAUCACAUCCAGGAUGAUGUGUGCCGGCGUGCUGGAAGGAGGAGUCGACGCCUGUCAGGGAGACUCCGGUGGCCCUCUGUCCAGUCCGGCCAAGAACCGCAUGUUCCUGGCUGGAGUGGUGAGCUGGGGCGAUGGCUGCGCCCGCCGGAACAAGCCAGGCAUCUACACGGUCACCACUAAGUUCCGCGGCUGGAUCAAGGAGAAGACGGGACUGUAGGAGGCAGCAGGGGGCGCUGAUGCCCACAGACUCUUGGCCCUCGGGGAGUAGCUCUUCUAAGAUGUGAUGUACAUACCUGUUAGUUUAGUGACGUGAUGGAGACCGUCGGGUGCCCAGACUCGACCGUUACGCGUGAAGUGUCCUGAUGAACUUUUAACUGAACCGUCCCACCUGCCUGGCCCAGUUCACCCCUGCUGGAGUUCCUGUUGACGACGUCAGAGCUUCAUUUUAAUGUCUCCUUUGAAUCUAUGUGAAUGAAUUUUAUAGACGUUUUUA